UGGAGGGAAGGAACCAAAAGUAAGUCCUGUCUGUCUUCUCAGCUCACCUGAUACCUGCAACACAGCAAAUCUGCAGUCAUGAAGAUCCUUUACCUGCUCUUUUCUCUCUUCUUCUUGGCACUCCAGGUCUCUCCAGGUUUAUCUUCACCCCAUCGGAAAAUGUUUCUCUGUCGAAACGGGUCCUGUCAUUUUGGAAGAUGUCCCAUCCACCUGGUUAGAGUUGGAAGUUGCUUUGGGUUCCGCUCCUGCUGUAAAUCGCCAUGGCAGAUAUAAAAACUUCAUGGACUGUCCAUUCAAGAGCAAUGAAAAUAGGAAUUUAUUUUGAAUCUCCACAUUGCAAAGACCAUCUGAUCCUGCUACAAAGCCUCAUGUGCCUUUCGUUUUUAAUGCAAAAAGCCUUAUGAUGUAGAGUAAAUCCAAAUGUAUUCAGCACUGC